CGGCCCCCCUGCCCCGGCGCCGCCGCCGCCGCCGCACGGCGCGGGCCCUGCGCUCCGCCCCGGCCGGGGCCGCGGGGGCGCUCGGAGUCCCGCCCGCACGGCGCGCACACACACCCGGGGAUACACACACACACACACACACACACAGACACACCGGGACACACGGACACACCCAACGGGGCACUGGGACACACACACCGACACAGGCACACGGAAGCGCACCCCGCGCCGCAAACAUGGCGCUGGUGCCCUGCCAGGUGCUGCGCGCCGCCAUCCUCCUGUCCUAUUGCUCCAUCCUGUGCAAUUACAAGGCCAUUGACAUGCCCGCGCAUCAGACCUAUGGAGGCAGCUGGAAAUUUCUGACCUUCAUAGACCUGGUUAUCCAGGCUGUCUUCUUUGGGAUUUGCGUCUUGACUGACCUGUCCAGUCUUCUCACUAGAGGAAAUGACAGUCAAGAGCAGGAGAGACAGCUGAAAAAACUCAUUUCCCUCCGUGACUGGAUGAUGGCUGUUCUUGCUUUCCCUGUGGGAGUGUUUGUUGUGACAAUGUUCUGGAGCAUCUAUAUCUAUGACCGGGAACUGGUUUACCCCAAGCUGCUUGAUAAUUUUAUACCAGCAUGGCUAAAUCACGGAAUGCACACAACAGUUUUGCCCUUUGUAUUAAUCGAGAUGAGAACAACACAUCAUCAGUAUCCCAGCAGGAGCUGUGGACUGGCUGCAGUGUGCACCUUCGCUGUUGGCUAUAUUUUAUGGAUGUGCUGGAUUCACCACGUUACAGGAGUGUGGGUGUACCCACUUCUUGAGCACCUCAGCCCAGGUGUCAAAAUAAUCUUUUUUGCAGCUGCUACCAUAAUAAUUAACGUGUUCUACUUGGUGGGAGAAGUCCUGAACAACUACAUCUGGGAUACACAGAAAUGUAUUGAAGGAGGAAAAGAAAAGCCGAAAUCGGAGUGAACAAUAAGAGGCAGCACAGAGGAUUGUUUAUAGCUCCAUGGAAGAUUUCUCAUUCCCAGCAGAGCUUGGCCUGGAGAGGAAUCUUUUGGAAAGGAGGAAGUUUCAUGGGCCCACUUCUCAGUGCAAGGAUAUUUUUGGAUUUUAUAUGGGGGGAAAUGAUUUUAGCUAAGACUAAUAUUAAUGUUUCAACCUUCAAUUUCUCCAUGCUUGCAUGUGACAUGCACAUAUAAGAUGUAUAUUUAUCUCCAAGGCAUUCUCAACAUGCAUUUUUUGAAUCAAAUAAGUCAUUAAACCAUUAAGUCAUUAGAUCUUUUUACUUCUGCCAAGAAGAACAAUGAGUCCAUUCUCUGUAUUGUUUGAGGAAAGCUUAACCAGAUAGGUCUAAUACAGGGAAACAAAGCAAUGCUAUAUAUUUCAAAUUACAGCAUAGAAGUUAAUUGCAUGAAUGUAUCUAAAGAAGAGUUCAGUCUGACUGAAAUAUUAAUGUAACAGUUGCCUUAAAUUCGUUAUGUUAAUAAUUUUACCAGUCCAAUGAAAUCUUACUUGCAGUGUUAAGAUCUUAAGACCUAAAUAAAGAUGAAAUUAUCCUUGCA